AAUUAGUGUGCUCCUUUCUUUUGGUAAAGAAAUUUACAAAUUUUCCCCCCACAUUCAUCAUGCCAUUUCAUGUCUUGUCUGUAACAGAAAGAGAGCGAAAUCAAAGAGAUUCUAUGUCCUUGCAGCCACUUCGGGGGCCCUUCCAAUCCAUCUCCUGGAGCUAGCUAUUUUCAAACCCCACGUCCAUUCAUUCUCUCUUUCUUUUUUCCUGGAUUUAGGCAGGGUUCAACCUUCCUGACUGGCAAAGCCCAUGAUAUAUAUGUAUUUAUACUUCGAAUCUCUCAUUUCUGAUGGAUACUUUGUGUUCAAUGUCUCUGCCUCAUAAUGUUUCAAUAUUGUUUUCAUAGCUAAAUAGCUAGCAAUGUUCUGUGUCUUUGUUGGUUUAAAAAUGCGCCAACCUUCUCUACCAUAAAAGCUGCAUUACCUGUAAGACUUGAGGAGAGAGGCUCAAAGGUCAUAGCAGAAUAUGGGAGACCUGUCGCCCGAAAAGAAAUCUGCAGGUUGCGGCCUAUUUUCAGCGGUUUUUGGUCGAAGAGUUUUUUGGCCAAGAAGAUCAACAUCCACAGGUUCAAUUAGUACAAUGAAUGCAGCCAAUUUCACCAAAACACCUAGCACGCCGAAGAGGCGAAGGAGUGGCUCAGAUGAGGCUGCAUUUCUAGGCAAUCCGUCUAGCAUAGCAGAAGAGCAGCGAAAAUCUAUCACAAAAGCUCCCAUGCAUCCCAAGAUCCCUCCUUCAAAGACCCAAAACUACGGUAGAAAACUUCCCGAGGACGCAACCAAAAUAUCAUCUGAUCAAGGUCAUGCCAAUCAAAAUCAAGGUUACGGUAAUCAAAAUGCUUAUGUUAAACAUGGUAGGAGGGUUCCUAAGGAGGCAGUUGGUCUUUCAGGUGAGCUCGAAAGCUAUAUCUCUGAUCAUCAGAAAUCUAAAGGAAGCAGCACGCUUGUUCGUGCUUCAUCCAGCAAUGUGAUGCUCCUUGGCAAUUUAGGUAACUUGAGGCAGGGAGGGGGUGGAGGAAAUACGACUUCUCGUGAUGUUCUUGAUUACCUUCCUAAGACCGCAAGAGAAGAGGUUGCAACUCCUAAUGGGAAAUACCCUAAUAGUGUAAUGGGAAAUGUAGUGAAGAAACAGAAUGAAGAGAAACCAAACGUAGGUGCGCAGCCUGCUGCAGGUUCUUUAUGCAGGGCUCUCUCUACUAGAAUGGACCCUGAGCAACUUAAAAUUAUGGGUAAUGAGGAUUACAAGAAUGGGAAUUUUGCAGAGGCAUUGGCUUUGUAUGAUGCAGCAAUCUCGAUUGAUCCUAACAAGGCUUCUUAUCGGAGCAACAGAAGUGCGGCAUUAACAGCUCUAGGUAAACUUCUGGAGGCAGUCUUCGAGUGCAGAGAAGCCAUUCGAAUCGAACCCCAUUAUCAUAGAGCUCAUCAUCGUUUAGCAAACUUGCAUCUCAGAUUAGGCGAGGCAGAAAAGGCUAUAUAUCACUACAAACGCGCAGGGCCAGAAGCUGAUCAUGCUGACAUUUCAAACGCUCAAGCUCUUCAAGCCCAUCUCAACAAGUGCACUGAUGCUCGUAGACAUCGAGAUUGGAACACCUUGAUCAAGGAGACUGCGGCUACCAUAUCUGCUGGUUCAGAUUCAGCACUGCAAAUAUAUGCAUUGCAAGCUGAGGCCUUGAUAAAGCUUCAUAGGCACCAAGAGGCCGACGAAGCAUUGCAAAAGGGUCCAAAUUUUGAUGUGGAUGCCUGUACACAAUUUUUUGGUCCAAUUGGCAAUGCAAAUUUGUUGAUGGUACGAGCUCAGGUUGACAUGGCUAUUGGCAGAUUUGAUGAUGCUCUGGCCUCGGCACAACGAGCAACAAGGCUUGAUUCUAACAACAAGGAAGCAUAUACGGUGCUGAAAAAGGCUAAAGCUGUAGCUGCAGCUCGAUCACAUGGCAAUCAGCUUUUUAAGGCAGCAAAAUUUUAUGAGGCAUGUAAUGCAUAUAGUGAGGGACUUGAGCAUGAUCCCUUCAACUCAGUGUUGUUAUGCAAUCGAGCUGCCUGCCGGUCCAAGCUUGGCCAGUAUGAAAAAGCGGUGGAGGAUUGCAACGCUGCCCUUACUGUGCGCCCAGGUUACGCAAAGGCCAGACUAAGAAGAGCUGAUUGCUAUGCAAAGUUGGGAAAAUUGGAAGUUUCAAUCAAAGAUUAUGAGAUGUUGCAAAACGAAGCCCCGGAGGAUGAAGAACUGGGCAGGGCCUUGAUGGAGGCCAAGGAACAGCUCAAGAAGCAGAAAGGACUGGACGCUGCAGCUUGAAGCUCGAGGCCAAGUAGUGUAACGUAGAAAGAAAUCGCUAGAGCAGCUAUCACUCUAUCAGAACCAAUGAGGCCAAGAACCAAAAACGAGAGAUUAGUUAUGGCUAGCGUUGACCGUGAUGCAGCAGAUGGAACACACAAGGUUGAGAUCAGAAACAAGAAACUGCUAUGAUUAAGGGAAGAAGUCUCACUGAUUGGGCAUCAUGGUUUAGAACAUGGUGUAAAGGACUUGGUUUUUUUAGGUAUAGAUUGAUGCUUGUGUGAAUUUUUUUGAAAAGAUGUAUGACACUGAAGCUACUUCUAAGAGUGCAAAAUCACACCAAGAAAGGAUGAUGUAAAAAGCUUCAUUUUCUGUCGAGAAUCAAUGUUGUAAACAUGACUUAUAGAUUGCUAGUUAACAUAGUUUAUAGGGUUCGGCCUGUCUAUGACGGGCUUGUUAUGAAUCUGUUGUGCUUGUUAUAAAUGUUUGAGAGCGUGAUAAUUUAUAUUUUUA